UUGGGUGUUCUCCCAGUGCUGUGUUCAGGUGAGAGCCGGUGAUGGCAGAGGAGGAGCCAGCGGUACCCAGCCUCCUGCGGGUGCUGCAGGGUCUCACACUGAAAGGCUUCCAGGAGUUCAAGGCGAAGCUGUCGGAGGUUCACGUGGAAGGAGGAUGGAAAAUCCCCAAGGAUUCGCUGGCAAAAGCCUCCCACCCGUGUGCAUUGCUCAACUGCAUGGGCGAGAACUACAGCGAGGACACAGCGAUGGAGGUGGCGAUCGGGCUGCUCAGAGAGAUGAACCUGAGAGACCUCGCUGAGGAGCUGCUGGUGGAGGUGGUGAAAGAGCACAAGCAGAAGUACAAGGAGCACAUUGUCCAGGCGUUCCUCCAGUACAAAGAAGUGAACUCGUGUCCUGGGGAGAGCCGGUCCAUCCGGAGCCACUUCACCACCCUGACCAUCACCAGGAAGCCUCGGAGCAAGCGUGAAGCUGUGGACACCAGCGAUGGAUGCGCUGACACCGGUGAUGGACCAGCCACCAUCUCCACGCUGUUUAACCCCAGUGAAGAUGGGCAGACCCCACAGGUCGUAGUGCUGGUGGGAGCCCCAGGGAUGGGGAAGACGAUGGCAGUGAGGAAGGUGAUGGUGGAGUGGGGGGAAGGCACCAUGUACACGCAGUUUGACUACGUCUUCUGCAUUGACUGCAAAGACACAGCCCUCCCCAAGGAGGCCAGCGUGGCAGACCUGGUGUCCAGGUGCUGCCCUCACCAGAGGGUGCCGCUUGGGAAGAUCCUGGAGGAGCAGAAGAGGAUCCUGUUCAUUCUUGAUGGCUUCGAGGCCCUGGGAUUUGCCUUGGUCCAGCCUGAAUCGGAGCUGAGCUCUGACCCCAGGGCAGUGAAGCCGCUGGAAGCCACCCUGAUGGGCUUGCUGAAGAAGACUCUUCUCCCCGAGUCCUCCUUGCUCAUCACCACCAGGCCAAGGGCUCUUCAGAGCCUGGGGCAGUGCCUAAAGGGGGAGGAUUACAUGGAAAUAGGGGGAUUUUCCAGAGCCAUGAGGGAGGAACACUUCCACAGGUACUUUGGGAACGACCACAAAGCAGACCUGGCCUUUGGGUUUGCCAGAGCCAACGAGAUCCUUUACAGCUUAUGCAGCAUCCCCAUCAUGAGCUGGACCGUCUGCAGCAUCCUGAAGCAACAGCUUUGCAAGGAGAAAGACCUCACAGAGUGCUCCAAAGCCGCCACAUGGAUGAGUGUGCUUUACCUCUCCUGGUUAGUGAAGCACAGGGGCAGGGACAGCCCACAGGACCUCCACCGGUUCCUCCUCAAGCUUUGCUCCUUGGCUGCUGGUGGCAUCUGGAAGCACAAAGUCCUCUUUGAGGAGAAGGAAAUCAAGGACCAUGGCUUGGACCAGCCAGACCUUGUCCCCCUCUUCCUCAAUGAGAACAUCCCAAGGAAAGGACUGCACCAUGGGAACACCUACGGAUCUGAAGGUCACAGCUUCACCCACCUGCACCUGCAGGAGUUCUUUGCAGCCAUGCUCUAUGUGCUGGAGGACAACGUGGAGGUGGUUGGUGACUCAAGGGAUAUCUCAAAGGAUGUAAAGGUGUUGCUAGAAAGCUACAGCGAGUCGGAGGGCUUGAAGGUCACAGUGAGAUUCCUGUGCGGUUUGGUGAGCCAAGGAUGCAGAGAGUACAUGGACAACACCAUCGGGUGCAGAACCUCAGCACGAGCCAAGGAGGAGCUGCUGAGGUCUGGGGAGCACGGAGGCACCUCCCAGCCUGGCCAAGGGAUGAAGCUGGCCUCGUUGGACACGUUCCACUUCUUGUUAGAGAUGAACGAUGAGAGCUUCGCACAAAGGGCUGGGGGCUUCAGUGACGUGGAGCUGCAGGACACGAAGCUGACCCUGUAUGACCAAAUGGCUCUUGCCUUCUGCAUCAGGCACUGGCCUGGGCUGGGCUCUGUCACCUUCCCGGGAUGCUCCUUCCACCAUCAGGACCCCAAGACCGAGGCAGCAGCAUCAGUGCCAAGCUCUGGUCCCUUGGAUGCCGGGGGACAGCCCGGUCCCAUGGCUGAGCAGCAGCCCCAGGAGCUGCGUUCCCUGGAUGUGCUCUGCCGGGCGCUGCGGCACCCUGGUAGUGACCUGCAGGUGCUCCGGCUGCAGUGGUGCCGGCUGCCCGAGAGCUGCUUGGCCCAGCACCGCAGCCUGGAGCGCCUGGUAUGGGGGGACACUGCGCUGGGGAGGCACCGUGCCGUGUGCCUGCUCUGCCAGGGGCUGCGGCAGCCCGGCUGCUGCCUGCGUGCACUGCGUCUGCGCUAUUCCCGCCUCAGCAGCGCCUGCUGCAAGGACCUGGCCGCUGUGCUGAGCACCAGCCCCUGCCUGGAGGAGCUGGAUUUGUCCUUCAGCGAGGGGCUGCGGGACGCGGGUGCGGAGCUGCUGUGCGAGGGGCUGCGGCCCCGUUCCUGCCGCCUGCGGACGCUGCGGCUGGGGAGCUGCCGCCUGACGGGCGCCUGCUGCCGAGCGCUGCCUGCGGGGACGCCUCCCCUCACCUGCCUGGACCUGAGCGACAACGAGCUGGGAGCAGACGGGGUCCUGCAGCUCUGCCGCCAGCUCCGGAGCCCCUCCUGCCCGCUGCGGGCCCUGGGGCUGAGCACGGCCGGGCUGCCCCAGGACGCGCUGCAGGCCCUGGCUGCCCUGCGGGCGCUGAAGCCCGGCCUCAAGGUCGGGGACCUCCUGGAGCAGGAGGCGCCGCAGACGGGGGCCAUGGCCCGGCUCCGCUUCCAGCGCGGGUCCCUGCCGGGCAGGAGGGGGCCCCCCUCGCUCCGCACAGGAGCGCUCCUCUAGGAGAGCCCUUGCAGCAAC